AAGUCAAAAGCACGUUUGCUGGUUGCUUUAUGUCUGCUGCACAGUGUCCCACAUAGACCUGUGCUAAAGAUGCUGUCACGAAAUCUUGUAAUUGCUUCAGUGGCUGUUGUGUUUCUGGCGUCCACCCUAUCAACGGCUCCUGUUGAAGAUAAGGAGCCUGAGGACAAUGACUUUGAGGCUGAAGAGGGUGAAGAAGAACUGUCUGAGGAGGAAGAGGAUGAUGAUGACUCCAAAGGUCAGCAUAUGAAGGGAGCCGGAUCGCAGCAGGCCACUGCAGCACCCAAAGGCUUGGGUAUGACUCCUGGCAGCGCCGUCGCGGGCGAAUCCCCAAACGGUCAGAAACUUAAUGGUGGAACUCAAACUGGCCAAGUCUCAUCAGGCAGCACAUCAACAGCUUCAAAUGGAGCAAAUGGAAGCAACGGUAGAGACGGGUACUCUCAGCCAUCUGGCUCAAGUUCUCAUGAUGCAAGUUAUGGUGGACAAGAUGGGUCCAAAUCAGAGAUAGUUCCUCCAGGUGUAGGAGCAGCUGCUAAUGGAGGUUCAGGAUCUAAAGUCCCUGGCACAGACGGGGGCGUCCAUUCAGUGUCCAUUUCUGUAGUGUCAUCAGGUCAAGGGUCAUCAGGCCAUAUAGCAGCAGGUCAUGGGUCAACAAUGUUAUCCAGCCACACUUUUGACCGACCUUCAGGAGGACAGACAUCAGAUGGUGUGGGUGUAGUUUCCUCCGAGGUCCAAUCACAGCCUACAGGUUCAGAGGGAUUCGCUCCGCAUAGAGAUGGCUCACAGUAUGAAAAUGGGGAAACGGCUCAUGAUGGAUCUCAAAUCGAGUCUCCAGAAAUCCCUGAGAUGGAAUCUAACGGUAAUGGACACAAACAACUACUGAACGGAGGAGAAACAGGAUUUACAGGCAUAAUAGAUCAGUCAAGCCAUGACUUCCUUGUUGGCUUAAUGGGUGAGAGGACAGGAGAGAGCUUUGGUCCAGACACUCAAACAGACGGGCUAGAUCACAUGGGACUCGCAUUUCAGGUGGAUUCGGCAGCUGCUGGCCUGAGUCCAGGGCACCCAUCCAGUGGCGGUCCAGUUCUAGACGCUCCUCCAGAUUAUCUGUCGGUUGACAUUGGGAACGGUGAUUAUACCCAUUCAAUCAGCAUGUCUGAUAAUGGAGCCCAAUCAAAAUCACCAGCUGAUACAACAGAUUCAUCUGUAGUCUUUGACAAAAUGUCACAUCCGGGUCAUUCAUUCAUAGACUAUUCAGAUGGUGGGGCGGAUAACAAUGGUGCAGAUUUACCCGAUACAAACGAAAAUGGAAACGGUCGCCACAAACCUGUGGUAGACAUACAGAAAGGUGACCCUCCAGGCGUUCAUCUCGACAUCAGCGGAACAGGCCAUCAGGACGCAGCAACGGAGAUGCAUCACACAGCUGUUGGUGCGCUUGAUCUAAACGACCACACUCUCAGUCCCUACACUGACACGAUUGGAUUUGACGGUGUCACUGGUGCAAGGGCGCAGACAGAUAUGGCCGGAGCAGCAGGUGAUCCAGUGACUGACGGACAGACUCUAACAGACAUGACAGGGCAGGGACACUUAGCUGUGACAGACGGCAUGCCAAAUUACACAGAUUCUGUGCGUGCGACUGGGACUGGAUUUACAGAUGCCUCAGAGACACAUAGUAGCAUGGUUCAGACAGACUUACCAGUCACAGGGGAUCCAUUCACAGGGGUUUCCUCACAGACAGAUGCCAUGGGCACAGGACAACCUGGUGCUACGGAACAAACACAGACAGCUGUAUCAGCAGGUGAACAGUACCACACAUCUGGUCAGGGUCCUGAAGGUGCAGAAAAUGUGGAACUGGAAGAUACCUGCUGACUUCCACAUGAAGCCGCAAGUGAGGUUUCUGCGCUACAGAUUUCAGUGUACGGACCCGUAUGCCUGGC